AUGGCCGAAGCUGCACUUCACACUGAGACCACUUGCAAGAUCAGACAUGUACACAUCGAAUGCCCAAUCUGCUUGACUCGGUUCAUCGAUCCGAAAAUCCUAGACUGCCAGCACAGCUUCUGCUUAAUAUGUCUUCAGGAACUUGUAAACGAACAAGAUCCAAAGACGGAUUGUAUCACUUGCCCGGUGUGUAGAGAGGAAACGUCUAUCCCAGAUAAGGGACCAUCGGCUCUUCUCAACUGCUUUCUCUUGAGCUCGCUUAUUGAUGACGUCAUCAAUCUGGAUCGUCCCGGGGAGGACAUUAGGCCUAACUCUCUUGUCUCGAUUUGCGUAGGAUGCGACGAAGGUCUUGAUGCCGUCUCACGGUGUGUUGACUGUGAUGAGAACUUUUGCAAGACUUGUUUGGACCACGCCAAAAUAAAAUUGAACCGGCAUCAUCGAGUCGUUAAUGCAGCCGGGUCAUUAAAUGAGGGAUCAAGAGACCAGAAAAAAACUUGCUCUCCAAAAUGCCGGAAACACACUGACCAGGAACUGUGUUUUUAUUGCAACACGUGUGACUUACUUGUUUGUCUCAAAUGUGUGGCAUUUGAACACAGAGCGCAAAACUCCAUUCGAUCUUCUCUUCCAGUUGUUGAAGAGGCUUUGAUGAAGUCGCAUGAAUGUCGCAAGCAAUUCCAAAAAGUGGACGACUCCUUUGAACACUCACGGCAAAGAUUACAGCUCAUGGUCGACCGGGCUCUUCGAGAUGUUGUGGCUAAGGAGGAAGAGAAAGUCGACAAAAUCAGAAGGGCAUCUCGCCUCCUUCAAGACAGAAUAACUCAAAUCGGGCAAGAAAGAGGUGAGGAAUUUGAAAGCAAACAGAGCAGCAAUUGCGAUAAGAUGAGCCGCGCAGAGCAGAUCGUAGCUUCAGUCAACGACUUGAUGCAACAUGCUGAUAAAUUUGAGCUGCUGGACCUCAAGCCGAAGGUUAUGCACAACUUGACAUUCCACAAUGAGCUGCAAUUUCAUACAAUACAGCAUAGCAAGUCAUUCAUCGGGUUCAAAGGUCAUGAUUUCGUUACUGAUGCGGAUAUCGGUGAAAUACUAGAGGAAGAGAGGUGGGAGGUGAAGAAAAAGUUUGAUAAAGAAGGGGAAGGUGACGGGGAGUUCAAGUUUGCAUGGGACGUUGCUUGUUUAAGCAACGAUGACAUCGUCGUUACUGAUUUAAAACGGCGGAUAUUAUCCAAAUUUACAUCGAAUGGUAGUUACAAAUCUCAAGGUGUGCAAAGUAGCACAGAAGCGGGACAACUACAAAACCCUGCUGGUGUUGCGGUGACCUCUGAUGACCUGCUUCUGGUUACUGACAGACAGAGUGUAAAGGUUUAUGAUAGAGAACGGCGAUAUAUGCGUCAGUUCAGACCCUCACGGAAUGAAGUCGGGGGGCAUUCAGAGAGUACACUCAUUGGUAUUGCUGUUGACAAGAAAGAUCAUAUUGCAGUGUAUGACUGUAAGCGAAAGGUUAUAUAUCUUCAUAACAAGGAUGAAUCCAUCAUUUCCACAAUACAUCAUGAUGAUAUUGGCGAUACCGACAGUCAAAGCUUUCUAUCUAUUAACAGCAACGAGCGACUGAUCUUUACAAACCUCGAUGAGAUGAAACUAGUUUGUCUGGAUUUCAUGGGAAACGAGGUUUUCAAUAUCAGCACCUCCAUUGACGGCAAACCUGUAAAUCCUGGUGGUGUGUGUUGUGAUGAUGCUGGCGAUAUAUAUGUAGCUAUUCCUGGCGAUACGGAGGUAACCGGUGAGAUACAUUAUUACGAUGCAUCAGGUGAGCACAUCGGCUGUGUAGCUCGUGGCUUGCUCGAUCCUCUAGGCAUGACGUUUACUCCGACCGGUGACCUCAUCGUGGCUGAUACAAACUCGGUUAAGAUCUUGCAUCGCGUGUGA